AUGACGCUGAAAGAAGCUUUGUGGGGUCUGAAUCUAAUGACACAACUCUGGACUCAUCGUGUUCUGGAGAACAGGACUCAGCAGUCCCCGCUCACCAGCACAGAUUCUCCGCCGCUGGAUGAUUUGGAUGUGAACACGGAUAUUUUUUCCAAAGUGCUUGUGACGUUCAUUUACACUGUGCUGUUUGCAGUCGGCUUAAUCGGUAACUCCAUGACCCUGUACAUAUCUCUCCAGAAGAGAUCCAUACAUCUCCAAAGCACCGUCCAUUAUCACCUCGCCAGUCUGGCGGUGUCCGACCUGCUGAUUCUGGUGCUGUGUAUGCCGGUGGAGCUGUACAACUUCAUUUGGAUUCAUCACCCCUGGGCUUUCGGUGAAGUGGUCUGCAGGGGUUAUUACUUUGUGCGGGACGGCUGUUCGUGCGCGACGGCGUUAAAUAUCGUGAGUCUGAGCGUGGAGCGCUACAUGGCGCUAUGCCACCCGUUCAAAGCCAAGAGUCGGAUGUCCCGCGGACGCACCAGGAGACUCAUCUGCGCGCUCUGGUGCGCGUCGCUUAUUGUCGCCUCUCCGAUGCUUCUGACGAUGGGUCAAAUUUAUGUGGGUGAAGAAAGCAUCUGUACCACCGUGGCCUCCUUCAACACCGCCAAAACAGUUCUACAGGUAAAUGCCCUUCUCUCUUUUGUGGUGCCAAUGCUGGUGAUCACAGUGAUGAAUGGCCUGAUUGGACAUCAACUCCAGAGAAUGACCCAUCAUGACUGUUCAGCAGCUUCAGAUCACAGCGUCACAGCAGAGACAAACCGUGAGCGAUCCUUACACCAUGGUGUCAAAGUCCUACGUGGGGUUGUAUUUGCCUUUGUUAUAUGUUGGUUUCCUUAUCAUUGUCGUCGACUGAUGUACUGCUAUGUAACUAAGUGGACAAAUACUCUUUACGAUUUCUACCAUUACUUUUACAUGAUGACAAAUGUGCUUUUCUACGUGAGUUCUGUGAUCAAUCCCAUCCUAUACAAUCUGGUCUCAUCCAAUUACCGCCAAGUCUUUUUCUCCACUGUGACUUACUUUUGCUACAUGCACUCUAAAAGUCAAAGGACUAACGAGAGCAAGAGGAGCUUGCAGCUACCACAGCAUCUUCAUUCGUCCCUGGUCACACCCCGUAACAGCCAGCAGACCCUUUGUCCCAAGGUGAUCAUGGAGACUAUGUACUGAUGUUAAUUCAUUCUUGAUUACAAUAUGUAUGUGUUGCUGUUUUCUUCCAUCAGUGCCGAGGGAAAACAAAGGAUGUGUAGAAAAGCCAUGUACGAACUUAAGGAGUUUUGACUUUGAAAGCCGUACUAUUGAAUAUUCAACAUUACACUCUUUCUACUCACUUUUAAGUUCAGUGUUUUCUAAAAUGUGCAGAUAUGCUGUUUCAAGUGCAUAUAAUAUGUGGGCUACUGCAGAAAAAGCAAGAGUAUCUUAUUUUAAACAUGGAGCAUGUUGUCAUGCCAGAUAUGCCAUGUUCCCAUUACAAUAUUAC